CCGUCCCGCUUUCCCGGCCCAGCAGCGCGAGCGCGGGGGAUAUCCGAUAACCCCUCUCCCCUUCCCCACGCUCGCUCCCCAUGGCCCUCGCCACCGCCGCGGCCGCCGCGGCCAUCUCCAUCCACCCAUUCCUCAGCCGCCCGGCCAGCGUGCUCCGGUGCGGCCGCCGCGUCCCGCCGCUCCUCCUCCUCCGCGCUACCUCCUCGGCCUCCUCCGCCUCGGACUUCAACAUCACCUUCGCGGAGCCCGCGCCCGCCCCGUCCAAGCGCUCGCCCGGCGGCCCGUCCGCGCAGCCGCUGGUUCCGUGGAUCGCGCGCGGGGCCGACGGCAAGCCAUCCCUCCACACCUCGCCGCCGCCGGACGUCCUCCAGGCCGUCGCCGCCGCGGAGGCGGAGGCCAAGAGGGCCGCCAAGAGGGGCCAGAGGCAGGGCCCCGCCGCCGACGCCCCCGUCGCCAGCGUCAGGGUCAAGGAGAAGAAGGCCUCCCCGACCGCGCCGCCCAAGUUCUCCAAGGCGGCCAGAAGGUUCUACAACGAGAAUAUCAAGGAGCACGAGCCGCAGCGCCUCGCCAAGGUCCUCGCCGCCGCAGGAGUGGCCUCAAGAAGGACCAGCGAGGAGCUCAUCUUCCAAGGGAAGGUGACUGUCAAUGGUUCUGUCUGCACUGCUCCCCAGACCAAAGUAGACAUCUCAAAGGAUUCUAUCUACGUUAACGGGAAUCGCAUUUCCAAGAAGCUGCCUCCAAAGCUCUAUUUUGCUGUGAACAAGCCAAAAGGGUAUAUUUGCUCGUCUGGUGAAGAGAAGUCUGUUAUCUCCUUAUUGGAUGACUAUUUGAAAGGAUGGAACAAACUUCAGCCAGGAGUACCAAAACCCCGCUUGUUUACUGUGGGUCGUCUUGAUGUUGCCACAACUGGUUUGAUAAUAGUUACAAAUGAUGGUAAUUUUGUCAUACUUGCUAGACAAUACUUAGGAAUCAGCAGUUUAGCCAUCCAAGGCCUAAAGUUAGCUGCUCUCCUUUCAGGUGAAUUUGCCCAGAAAGUCUCACACCCUUCUUCAAACAUAACAAAGGAAUAUGUAGUAACUAUAGAUGGAGCAGUGCACAAGAAACACCUUGUAGCUAUCAGCGGAGGAACAGUAAUUGAUGGUGUUAAGGUUGUUCCUGAUUUAGUAGAGCCACUGGAUGCCCAAGCUGACACAAAAAGGACGCGACUUAAAAUAGUGGUUCAUGAAGGAAGAAACCACGAAGUUCGUGAACUUGUGCAGAAUGCAGGACUAAAGGUCUACGCUUUGAAACGUGUUCGGAUAGGCAGGUUCCGCCUCCCAUCAGACCUGGGAAUUGGGAAGAUGGUUGAACUUAAAGAAGCUGACAUCAAGGCACUAGAUGGCAACAGCUAGUAGAGUGCGCGCCUGAGUUCAUGGGCUUCGUUUCCGAAAGCGGUGUGGACGGGUGGAUAACAUAUAUGCCGUACCUCCCUCCUGUGGCGUAAGGCACGACUACUCUGCGCCUGAGAGGCCUGCGAUUCUGCUAUCAUAGAUGUCAAAUAGGAAACUGAUGGUCAGGUUCGAUAGGCAUGCCUUUGUUUUCAAGAACACAUGAACUGCUUCGCUGAAGAAUCUCCAAGAUCCUACGUGCCAGCAGUGUUCGCUGGAGUUUUGGGAUAUGUUCAGCUAGGCUUGCUAGUACUGUAGUAGAGUUGUUGAUAGCGUCUACUCUUAUGCAGACCUACUGAUUUAUUAUCUGUGGAAAUGUAAAUGCUGCCAGUCGAGUCAUGAACUUUUCUUUAACUUAGUCGAGUCAUGAACUGGCAUUACCUCCAACAGUUUUUGCAACUUGUAACUUCUAUGCCUGCCCUGCAGAAGAAAAAAGAUCUGUAUACCUGAUUUUGUUGUUGAGAAA